CUAGGCUACUCUAUGAAAGACCGCCGAUUGCUGGUUCAUAUUAGCCCGUCUAUGUGAAACGCAUCAGCUCAUCAAGCUGAUUCAGGAAUAGCAACCCCUGGUUAUAGUAUGCUAUUACGUAUCGCUUUAUGGGACUCGUAAGAAAACAUCGAGCAAUUUAUCUUCAUGCAACAUACAUUUUCGUUGUAUCGUCAGUGAGUGGACAACAGAAUAACGGAGGGACCGAGAAGCAUAGAUGCACGACGGGCAGGAGCAGGGCUAUCCCGCAGGUCCGCAGUCCCGUCAAUAGCGUCUCGCUAAUGCUAGCUGCAGGUCAGGCAUUGUCUGUGUGCCCUGAAGCGCUAAGCAAAGCGAACCUCAGUGUAGUUCAAUUCUUGCAGAUUCGUCCUGCAAGACUGCAGUUUUUGAAAUCAAGCUCAAGAAGUAGCUCUGCCGGUCAAAUGGCUCAAAGCGGACGGUCGUCAGCUGGUGUAUUGAGCGCACAGAUCCCGUCUGUCAAGGACUGUCAGGCACUUGUCAGUGCGUGUCAGUUUGUUAACAGUCUGUGAGUCGUUCUGGAGCUUUGAUGCCUUGAAUCAUAUCUAGCGAAUAUGCGUCGGACUAUCCUUGAUACUAUUCCUCCAGACUCCAGGAGUCCAGGGUGGCUGCAUCCGGCGGCGAUGAACUAGCAGCGGCGAUCCCGACAAUGCAGCAAGGAUUCUUUAAGCCUGCUGAGCAUGAGAUGCAUAUUGUGAUGAGGCACCCCAGGCCAUAAGAGAUGCCGAAGCUUAGGACUAGUGGUCUCAUACUUAGCAGGUGCUCAGAACAUUGUCUUCUCCUUGUCGCGUGUGAAGCUUGAGUAUGGAUUCGAUCGGACGUAUAUGAUUGUUCAUUUGAACCAGUACUUCUACUUGGGCAUGUCUGAGCUGUCAGCUGCAGCAUGCAAGAUCUGACAAGUUGACACGGAUUGCAGACAAUUUGCAGUCUAGACGUGCUCCAAGCCUGGGCCUUCUUAGUUCUUACCGAGUGUCGGCACCAGCCAGGCGUAGCGCUUUGAAGCACGUACGCGCGUCCUUGACAAUGGCAUGAUGUCAAGUACGAGGAUUUGGUGUUCGGGAAGUGUUUUAUAGCUACGCACUACUGCUGCAUCCGUAGAAUGGC